ACAUUGAACCAAUGGUAAUAGGUAAAGUGUUUGGACGAUGCAGCGUAGGAACGGGAAAGAGGGUGGUCUGGUGGAAUGCGCGGAGCUGGUGUUACCCUACCUAACCCCCUCGGAACUCGCGAACGUCUCCUUGACCUGCAAGUCCCUCCUCAAACUCUCUCGCUCCAUCACCCUCCGCCGCUCCUCCGACGCUUCUAGAACCUUCGAGACCCUUCCAGUCCCGUUCCUCAGCACCGCCGCCGAGCCCCACCACCCCUACGCGCACUUCCUCUACACCCCUUCCCUCCUCCUCCUCCUCCCCUCCUUGCGUCAGCCCUGGGGCGGCUCUUCCGCCGUCUCCCCCGCCGCGCCCGCUUCCCAUCGCGCCCAGUCCGUGGGCCUCGUCGGCGCCUCGGCCUGCGAAUGCCGGGCCUGCGGCGGCCCCGCGUGCCCCUGUGCGGGCCUCCGUGGGCUCGACCACGUGGGGAGAGAGUGCGGGCCGGGUUGCUCGUGUGGGCCCCACUGCGGGAAUCGGGCGACCCAGAAUGGGGUUGCGGCGAGGGUGAAGAUUGUGAGGGGUGAGAGAAAAGGAUGGGGGUUGCACUCGGACCAGUUCAUUGCGAAAGGGGAGUUCGUGUUUGAGUAUGCAGGUGAACUCUUGACAACCAAGGAAGCACAGAGGAGACAUCAAUACUAUGAUGAACUUGCUUCACAGGGUCGUUUCUCUUCUGCUCUUUUAGUUGUGAGGGAACAUCUUCCUUCUGGCAAGGCAUGUCUGAGACUAAACAUAGAUGCCACAAGAAUAGGAAAUGUUGCACGGUUUGUAAAUCAUUCAUGUGACGGUGGUAAUUUAAGCACAAAGCUAGUUAGAAGUUCAGGAGCGUUGUUCCCACGCCUCUGCUUUUUUGCUUCAAAAGAUAUCCAAGUAGAUGAAGAACUUACUUUUAGCUAUGGAGAAAUCAGGAAAAGGCCUAAUGGAUUGCCAUGCUUUUGCAGUAGCCCUUCAUGCUUUGGAACAUUGCCCUCUGAAGACACUUGAGACACAUUAAUUGUCAAAGGGAUUUGAUUUUGGUUUCAUGAAAUUGGGAGAGCGCCUCAUUUUGGGGCUUGAAAUUGUAUGUAUAAGGAAAAGGGUAGUUUUUAUAAAUUUGACAAUUGGUCUUAAUAGUCAUUGCAAACCCGCAGCUGUAGGCUAAAUAUCCUUGUACAGGGGGGAGUUUUUAGUUAUGUGAUUGUCUGAUUGAAAUAUAUUUUUAUAAGAAUUUAAUUGAAAUACGCUGAUUAUGUAAAAAUUAUUUAUACCUUCAUCUAAUCAUGUAUUACCAUGUAAUUGAAAAUUGUUAAGUUUUGUAAUAAUU